UCUCUAAGAAAACAAACGAUGAAGGCGUCCAUAUGAUAUAUUAUGCUGUCCCAAAAUCCGACUCCACCAACAAAACAAAUCAAAAGAAAAGCGAGUUACUCACAAAAAAAGAGAAGAAAAGCGAGUUUACUAGAAGAUUUGGGUUUUUGGAUUUCGUGUAUUGGGCGAACUGGAGAUAGGAAAGCGCGUGUGGGAAGAAGAGGGAAGAACGAAGAAGAUGCCGGUGUUGCCAAUGGAAUCGCUGCCUCUGGGGUUCAGAUUCAGGCCCACGGACGAGGAGCUCAUCAACCACUACCUCCGGUUGAAGAUCAACGGCCGUCAUUCCGAGGUCCAGGUCAUCCCCGAAGUGGACGUUUGUAAAUGGGAGCCCUGGGAUUUGCCUGGGUUGUCGGUGAUAAAGACGGACGAUCCGGAGUGGUUCUUCUUCUUUCCGCGUGAUCGGAAGUACCCUAAUGGGCAUCGUUCUAACAGGGCCACCGAUGCUGGCUACUGGAAAGCCACGGGCAAGGACCGCACCAUCAAGUCCCGCAAGUCUGGCUCCAAUGGCACCUUGAUUGGGAUGAAGAAGACCUUGGUUUUCUAUAGAGGCCGUGCUCCCAAGGGCGAGCGCACCCACUGGAUCAUGCACGAGUACCGUGCCACCCAGAAGCACCUUGAUGGAACCCAGCCCGGCCAGAGUCCUUUUGUUCUGUGUCGCUUGUUCCGAAAGCAAGAGGAAAAGGCAGACGUUUCAAAGUAUGAUGAAGUGGAGAAUACUGGGUCCUCUCCUACAGCUACCAGGUCUUCUCCUGAUGAUACAUCAUCGGAUCUAGUUCAAGCUACACCCACAUCGGCUAUGCAAGUUGGGGACCAAUCUGAAGGCAUAAAGCGAUGGUUGACUGAUAAGUCGGACAACAUGACCCCUAAUGCUCUACUGCCUGUUGAGACCAGCAGCAUUAGUUACAAUAGUUGUAUGGCUUCGGAUGUGGAUGAAGAUCAUGUACUAGAAGGAAAUGGUAUAGAGGUACAUCAGCAGCCGGGAGAUAAUUUAAAGCUGUAUGAGCUCGCUUGUGGUCAGAAUGAUUGGAAUGAUUUCUCCCUGUUGCAAUCACAGAUUCACAUGGAGCCACCACCCUACAAUGCGGGUUCACCUUUUGCCAGUGACUUUGGCAAUGACAGUAAUGCAUUCCAUUUUCAGGAUGGCACCAGUGAACUGGACCUAUCUCUCACAGAGUUGUUGGAUAAGGUCUUUACUAAUCGCGAUGAGUUUUCUUAUGAUGAAUCCACCAGUCAGAAGAACUCAUUUGUUGGAAGUGACACCCAAUUCUCUGGUCAAUUGUGUACGACAGAGGCUGUAACACCUGGAGAUUCCUAUGUUAAAGACAGUGGUGCAUACAGUGAUACAGACACUGAAAUGGCUCAAGUACAGCGUGAUUCUGAGAUGGGAGCUUCUGGAUGGUUCAAUGGACAUGUUGAUGAGAGGAAGUUAUUGCAAAUGCAACCUUUAUUUGGAUUUUCCCAAGGUCAUGUUCCACUUGUUGACCAAGAACUUAAUAGGAGGAUUGAGGGGGACGUUUGGGAUAAUCUGGUGCAACAUGCUUCAUCUACCUAUUCUGCUAUGAGCUCAACCAGUGCGCUCAACUUGGAAGAACUAGCUGAUAAGACAAAUUGUGUUAACAAUGGCAGCAUUCCUGUUGGCGGAACCGGAAUCAAGAUUAGGACCCGGCAACCUCAACAACAACCAAUUUCAAGCAAUUUUGUAUCUCAAGGCAAUGCUAAAAGAAGAAUCCGUCUGCAGAUGAAGAUUUCUCUUGGAUCAGUUUGCUCCAGUGAAGUGACCGGUGCAAACAGCAGAAAAGAAGAUGAUGAAGUGCAAUCAAAUGUUUAUGAGGCCAAAGAAGCUUCAGAUCACAGUCCUACCUCUGUUGAUCAAGAGGAAGAAAGAGAGCUUUUGAAGACUCAAGGCACUGCUCCAAGAAGAGUCCUGCUGCAGAUGAAGAGUUCUCACGGAUCAGUUUGCCAUAGUGAAGUGAGAGGUGGAAGCCACAGCGAGGAAGAAGAUGAAGUGCAAUCAACCUUUAAUGAGACCAAAGAGGCUUCAGAGCAGAGUCCUAUCUUUGUUGAGCCAAAGGAAGAGACCAAGCUUUUGAAGUUUGAGGAGAGCAGGGGAAGCACUGGAAAAUCCUCUACAAAACUGAGGUUAAGGAUGAAACAUGAUGGUCUACAUGGCAGCAGCCACAUGGAGAAGUCAGAGUGUGCAAAUGCACCUCCUCCGCAUCACGCGCCACGAUUCUCACUAGUCCAUGGAGUAGGAGUUUCUCUAGUUGUAGUCCUAUCUGCAGUCUUCAUUGGGGUGUGGAGGUGCUUUAGAUCUUGAUGUUGCGAAGGGAAUAGCUGUAGUUAGUCUGUUGUAUGGUGUACCAUAUUUGCUGAGAAACAAGGUUAGGUUAGGUUUGUAAAUAUGUUUCCUGUAUCCACGGUUAUAUAUAAAUGUAGAAUCAAUAGCCAAGCGUGAUGCACUCUGUUGAACAAUUUCCUUUGUUUUGUUUAGUCAGUUUUCUUUUUGUGUGA